CAUAUGCCCGAGUGGCAGGCUCGAUCCCCAGUAGGGGGCAGCCAAUCAAUGAUUCUCAUCCAUGUUCUAACCCUCUCCCUUCCUCUCUGAAAUCAGUAAAAAUAUAGUUUUUAAAAAACACUAAACAUACAACUGCUAUAUGACUCAGCAGUUGCACUCUGGGCAUUUAUUCCAAUGCAAUGAAGGUUUAUGGUCACAGAAAAACCUGCAUACAAAUUUUAUAGCAGCUUUAUUCAUGAUAGCCUCAAAGUGGAAAUAUCCAACAAGUGAAUGAUUAAACCAAGUGUGGUUUAACUUUACCUGCUCUCUUUUCGCACACUUUUAUUGCAAUAAAAAGGAACGCUAUUAAUACAACAACCUGGAUGAAUCUCCAAAGGAUUAUACUGAGUGGAAACAGGGAGUCCCAAAGGUUAUGUUCUAUGUGAUUGCAUUUAUGUAUAAUAUUCUUGAAAGGACAGAAGUUAUAGAAAUGGAGACCGGGUUAGCAGUUGCGGUUAAAGGGAAGUGGGUGUGACUAUAAAAGGGCAAAUGAGGGAUCCUGGAAAUGAUGGAAAUAUAUGUUCUGUAUCUUGACUACCAAUGCCAACAUCCUGGUUGUGACACUGUACUACAGCUUUGCAAGCUAUUACUAUGUGGAGGAACUGAGUUAAGAGUACACAGGAUCUCCCUGUAUUUUUCUCACAACUGCAUAUUUCUCACAAUGAUCUCAAAAUAGAGUUUAAUUUAAAAAACAACAACAAUCGUGUAGCUUAAAAUCCCCCAGAAGUUUCCCAUUGUUCUUAAAAUAUGAGCUCCUGGACGCUAUAUCUCUGUCCACGCCAGGGUCACCAGGCUCCCUUCAGGCUUUCUGUGCUCCAUCCGCUCUGACAUUCUUUCAGUUCCCCCGCUAAGCCUACUCCUACCAACUAGCGGUAUUUUGCAAAUGCUGUCCUUAUCUGAACCGUGUUUCCCUCUCUUCUAUUUAACGCCUACUUAUCCUUCAGACCUUAAACGAAGCCUAAAGUCAUUGGGACAACCUUUCCCCAACCUUUCUAAGUCAAAUUGUCCUAUAAGCUCUUCUUGCUCUGUGCUCUCCUCCUCGGUAGUACGUAUAUUCACCGCGGCACUUUCACAAUUGCUUGCGUCAUUACUUGAUUAUGUGUUUUCUUUACUCGACAGGUAGUUCCACAGGAGAGGAUCUGUGUCCGUUAGUCUCGCUGUCUGCAAAGCAGCUGGCUUCACACCUAAAAUGAUCAUUAAGAACACGCCCGAGCCGGUUUGCCCCGGGCGGGGCUCGUGCAGGAGGCAACCGAUGGAUGUGUUUCUCCCACAUCGAUGCUUCUCUCUUUUUUCCCCUCUCCUUAAAAAUCAAAGGAAAAACGGGUGAGGAUUAAAAAAAAAAAGAAAGAAAAAACGAAUAACAACAACAACAAAAAAGAACAGUAUUUUUUUUUUUUUAAAGGAACAGUAUUAAUUGAAGGAUUGAAUGAACGCCCACCCAUGCGCCGGGCGGGUCACACCGGCGUCGCGCGUGGCAUACGUCACUUCCUCCCGGAAGACACUUUCUCGGGAGACCAUCAGAUUCCUGUCACUUCUCAGAAGCCUCCGGUGGUGGCCAUGGCUCUGCCGCCCUUCUUCGCCCCGGGUCGCCCGGGCCCGCCGCCCCCGCAGCCGCUGCCGCCCGCUCCCUUUGGCUGUCCGCCGCCGCCGCUGCCCUCGCCGGCUUUUCCGCCGCCUCUUCCCCAGCGGCCCGGCCCCUUUCCGGGGGCCUCCGCCCCCUUCCUCCAGCCCCCGCUGGCUGUGCAGCCCCGGGCGCCUGGGGAAGCCUCCCGCGGCGGCGGCGGCGGCAGCGGCGGCGCCUUCUACCCGGUGCCGCCCCCGCCGCUGCCUCCGCCGCCGCCUCAGUGUCGGCCUUUCCCGGGGAUCGACGCCGGCGAGCGCCCGCGGCCGCCGCCUCCAGGCCCGGGGCCGCCCUGGAGCCCGCGCUGGCCUGAGGCGCCGCCGCCCGACGUGCUCGGGGACUCGGCCCUGCAGCGCCUGCGCGACCGGCAGUGGCUGGAGGCGGUGUUCGGAGCCCCGCGGCGAGCGGGCUGCCCGCCGCCCCCGCGCGCGCCGGCCGGGCCCACCCUGGGUGAAGUGCGCGCGCGGGUGCGCGGGGCUCUGCGCCUCGUGCGGCGGCUGCGGGAGCUGGGCCAGGCCCUGCGCGAGGCCGAGGCGGACGGCGCGGCCUGGGCACUGCUGCACGCCCAGGCGGCGCCGCUGCGCGCGGAGCUGGCCGAGCGGCUCCAGCUGCUGACCCAGGCCGCCUACGUGGGCGAGGCGCGGCGGAGGCUGGAGAGGGUCCGGCGCCGCCGGCUGCGGCUCCGCGAGAGGGCCCGGGAGCGCGAGGCCGAGCGGGAGGCGGAGGCCGCGCGAGCGGCGGAGCGCGAGCAGGAGAUUGACCGCUGGCGGGUCAAGUGCGUCCAGGAGGUGGAGGAGAAGAAGCGGGAGCAGGAACUUAAAGCUGCUGCCGAUGGUGUCUUGUCUGAAGUGAGGAAAAAACAAGCAGACACCAAAAGAAUGGUGGACAUUCUUCGGGCCUUGGAGAAAUUGAGGAAACUCAGGAAAGAGGCUGCAGCAAGGAAAGGGGUCUGUCCUCCAGCCUCAGCAGAUGAGACUUUUGAGCAUCAUCUUCAGCGACUGAGAAAACUCAUCAGAAAACGCUCUGAACUCUAUGAAGCUGAAGAGAGGGCCCUCAGAGUCAUGUUGGAAGGAGAACAAGAGGAAGAGAGGAAGAGAGAACUAGAAAAGAAACAGAGGAAAGAAAAAGAGAAAAUUCUAUUGCAGAAGCGGGAAAUUGAGUCCAAGUUAUUUGGGGAUCCAGAUGAGUUCCCGCUCGCUCACCUCUUGCAGCCUUUCAGACAGUAUUACCUCCAAGCUGAGCACUCCCUGCCAGCACUCAUCCAAAUAAGGCAUGAUUGGGAUCAGUACCUGGUGCCAUCUGAUCAUCCUGAAGGCAACUCUGUUCCCCAAGGAUGGGUCCUUCCGCCGCUUCCCAGCAACGACAUCUGGGCAACUGCCAUUAAGCUGCAUUAGUAAAGACGCUCCAGGAGUGUGGACCAGGCAACGCUCUCUCCAGCUCUGAAUAUUAGCGAUGCUGCCAUCUUCUUGUGCUGUAGACCAGACAACAACCUGUAAACCCCACAUGGCAUGGCCCUUCCCAGAAGUUCCAUAUUCCUACCAUGCUCUGUCCUGGCCAAAUGUGCUUUGGGAUCAGAUUAAUACGGUUCUUUGGAAAGGACCUAGGUGAACUGGGGCUAUUGCCACAUGCUUGGCUCACUGAAUUUGCCUCUGUUUUGAGGGGCUUGGUCCAGAGUGACUGGCUAAUUUACUCAACUUCCUGUGUGGCAGUGGGUAAGUACAUGCCAUACACUCAACACAGGUGUGCUCUGGGUAGUUUAGUAGCCCUCCCCCAGCACAGAGUGUGAAGGCAAGCUUGAUGCAAAGCCUCCAUAUCCUUCCUACCCGGGUAGCCCUCUAACUCCCAGGAAGAAAGGGGAAAGAUGCUUUAUCUGUGAAGCCCACUUUUGGUGCAGCUUGAGAGGCUGUGGGCCGCCGGCUGGGCUGAAGUAAAGCUGGUGGCUUAGUCGGGUACUCAUUUGGAGAACUCGGGACACCUGAAGAGUACCUACACCUACACUGGAUCGUGUUUUAAUGGGUGAUGGCAGCAUUCUCCCUAUGUUAGAAGGAUCCUAAUGAAAGGAACUGCUUUGUAAGUUCCUAGAGGUCUAGUUUUUCAGAAUCCCUAAGAUAGAAAUUUAUUUCCCUAUGGGAGUAGGACCUUAACCUCAUGUACUCAGAAAGGGGCCGGUAUAACUGUGGAAUUUCUUAGGAAUAUUCAUGUAGUUAAAGCUGGGGGGAAAGCAGAUAAAAAUAAUGAAGUUUAUUUUUUAUAUUCAUUAAUAAAUGCUCUUGUGCCUGGAGACGAUCAGCGAUACAACAUGUCAGUUUUUCUGUUUUAUUUUGCCUUUUGUCAUUUAUUGUUAUUUAUAUUUCCAAAAACCUAAAUAAAUAUUUUUAUUUUUUAGUUUGA